CAGGCCCCGGCGGCGGCGGGGCCCGGCCCGGCCCCUCCCGGCCCCGCCAUGUGGUUCAUCUACGCCUUGAGCUGGCUCUCCCUGCUCAUCCAGGUGGCCUUCGUCACCCUGGCGAUCGCCGCCGGGCUGUACUACCUGGCGGAGCUGAUCGAGGAGUACACGGUUGUCACGCGGAGGAUCAUCAAAUACAUGAUCUGGUUCUCCUCGGCCGUGCUGGUCGGCCUCUACCUCUUUGAACACUUUCCCGGUUUCAUGGUGGGCGUGGGGCUCUUCACCAACCUGGUUUACUUCGGGUUGCUGCAGACCUUCCCCUUCAUCGUCCUGACGUCCUCCAAUUUCAUCCUGUCCUGCGUGCUGGUUAUAUUCAAUCACUACUUAGCGUUCCAGUACUUCGCUGAGGAGUAUUACCUGUUCUCUGAGGUUCUCGCCUACUUCACCUUUUGCCUGUGGUUAAUCCCUUUUGCAUUUUUCGUCUCCCUGUCGGCUGGAGAAAACGUCCUGCCUUCCACGGUGCAGCCUGGAGACGACGUGGUCUCCAACUACUUCACCAAAGGGAAGAGGGGCAAGCGCUCCGGUAUCCUCCUCAUCUUCUCUUUCAUCAAGGAGGCCAUCCUGCCCAGCCGACAGAAGAUUUACUGAGCCCCGGCUGCGGUGAGGGAGCAGGGCAGACCCAGACUGUGCCGCGGGCUGCGAGGCAGCGCCGCCCCCCAGGCCUCUCUCCAGCCCUCCCCCGUUGUCUCUCGACGGGAUUUUUCUGGGAUGGGAUAAACUGGGCGAUGGCCGGAGGUGCCAGCAGCGCUGGACAGGGGCUCGCGCCUUUUUAUUCCAGCUCCGAUGAUCCCCCGCCCCGGGGGCUGUGUGCAGGAAGGAUGUUUGGCUCCAGGUGAGGGACCUGGGAGCUGGUGUCACCUGCUGGGGUUUAAAAGCCGGGAGUUUUGCACGUGGUGUAGUUUGGCCGUGGGGGAAACGGUUCCCUUGGCGCGGCAGCGGAACGUGCUCGACGUUUAACUGAGGUUUACACAGAGCCAUUAAUUAAAAAAAAAAAAAAAAAAAAAAAA